AUGCUCUCUGGCCUCACCAACACCAAGAAACGAAAGUCCACCGGGAGCAUUCCCGACCCCCGACAAGGCGAUGCUAAACGUCCGCGCAAGACGCUUGAUACCUUCUUCUCGCCUCAGGUGGCCGCGACGGGCACCUCGAGGGACGACAAGGGAGCAAAGGCAACUGUAGAGCUUAACGAGGAGCAGAAUAAUGUGCUCAGGAUGGUUGUGAAUGAGGAGAAGAACGUUUUCUUUACUGGGGCCGCUGGUACCGGCAAGUCGUUGCUAUUGAGAGCUAUUAUUAACGCUCUAAGAAAAAAGCACGCCAAGAAGCCUGAAGUAAUAUCUGUGACAGCGAGCACAGGGAUGGCGGCAUCGAAUAUUGGUGGCAUGACUAUUCACUCAUGGGGUGCAGUUACUCCUGGAAUGCACAACAUCGAUAGGCAAAUCAGCUGCAUUAAGACUUGCAAACCCGCACACCGGCGCUGGAAGGCAACGAAGGUGCUCAUUAUCGACGAAGUGUCAAUGGUGGACGGGCAACUCUUCGACACUCUGGCGGCUCUCGCAAACAGCCUACGGAAGAAGACUGCGAAACCUUUCGGCGGGAUCCAGCUCGUCAUUACCGGCGACUUCUUUCAAUUACCCCCUGUGACUAAGUCAAAUACAGAACCAUUCUUUGCCUUUGAAAGCGACGCCUGGAAAAAGUGCAUCGAUCACACCGUGACAUUAUCUCGAGUCUACAGGCAGAAAGAUUCUCAAUUCGUCUCUCUGCUAAAUGAGCUCCGUCGAGGCACGAUCUCACCCUCCGCACAUCAAACUUUCUCCCGCCUCUCGCGCACACUUCCCCCUCUUCCCACCGGGCUCCUACCUACCGAGCUCUACCCGCUCCGCGCACAAGUCGAGCGCGCAAAUACUACGCGUCUCGCAGCACUCCCCGGCGGGCCCGUCACUUUCGCUGCGCGCGACUCUGGGUCUUCGCAACGCGUGCUGGAACAGAUGGUUGCUCCUGCGCGCCUCGUGCUCAAGCCUGACGCGCAGGUCAUGCUCGUCAAGAAUGUCGAUGAGGGCCUCGUCAACGGUUGCGUCGGACGCGUGCUCGGGUUCUUUGGCGUUUCGUGCUGCGUUGCAUCCGUUACUCCUGCAGAGAAAGCGCCAGGGAUCUCUGCUACAAGCUCUAGCGCAGGUCCCAGGCCCAAGUCGACUGCACCGCCAUCGACCAGCGGCAGCGCGAAGAACAACGGCGCUGUGCGGAACGUGCGAGUUGGAGCGGACGGGCGCACACCCAUUGCCUUCAAGACAGGCCGGACGAUCGAGGAGAAGGAGAAUGUGGGACAAAAAACCUCCGAUCUCAAGGGCAAGGGCAAGGGCGUGCGGAAGGACGACGAACUUUACCCGCUUGUCGAAUUCCGCACUUCCCAGGUCGUCGAGAUCGUCCUCCUGAUCCGUGAGGAAUUUCGCGUAGAAGACAAUGAAGGGAAGCUGCUAGCACGGCGCGUACAGGUCCCGCUUGUCCUCGCGUGGGCCAUGUCAAUUCAUAAAAGCCAGGGCCAGACCAUUCAGCAUGUGAAGAUCGAUUUGGGGCGAGUUUUCGAGAAGGGCCAGAGCUAUGUUGCUCUCUCACGAGCCGCCUCCAUGGACGGACUUCAGGUCCUCGGCUUCGAUGCGGGAAAGGUCAAAGCACAUCCGAAAGUCAUAGAGUGGUCUCUCGGGCUGGAGAAGACGGCGGAAAGGAAGCGGAUAUCUGCAUGA